AAACAAAUAUUUUCUAAAUACGAAGACCCCACAAAUGGUUUGGUGUCGGUGUCGAACUUGGCAACCAUGCUUCGCUCCUUGGGCCAGAACCCAACCGACAGCGACAUUGCAUCUAUGACUUAUCAACUUAACGAUGUUUUGCUCAAGUUUGACGACUUUUGUCUGAUUUUACUAAGAAAUGCUAAAACAAAAGAAGAAAUGAGAGCAGAAUAUAUCGAAGCUUUUCGACUUUUUGAUACAAACAAUGAUGGGUUCGUAUACGCGACAGACAUACGAAAGAUGAUGGAGAUUGUAGGAGCUAAUUAUGAUGAAGCCGAACUAACAAGUUUAUUCCGGGAAUAUGAUAAAAAUAUGAACGGUCAAAUAUACUACGAAGGUCAUCGUUAUAAUUAA